UCUUCUUUUUCAAAGGAUGGUGACAAGAUGUUUGACUUACUUAAUAAAUUUGUGAACCGCAUUGGAGUAGCAAAUGUCAUCCAAGUCGUCACAGAUAGUGAGUCAAGCAAUAAGUAUGCCGGGAGGAUGUUAGAGAAAGAACACCCACAUUUGUAUUGGACCCCAUGUGCUGCUCAUUGCUUAGACUUGAUGUUGGAAGACAUUGGGAAAAUACCGUCCAUCUCUAGAACAAUGCAAAGGGCAGUGGAGUUGAAUAGUUAUAUUUAUAUGCGACCAAAGUUGUUGAACAUUAUGAGGAACUUUACUCACAAAAAGGAGUUGCUUAGGCCUGCUAAGACUCGAUUUGCUACAUGUUUCAUCACAUUAUCAAGUAUUCACAAGCAAAAGAAUAACUUGAGAAAGAUGUUUACUUCAAAAGAAUGGAAUCGUAGUAAAUGGGCGAAAGAGGAAGCCGGUAAAAGAGUUGCUUCUUAUGUUUUGAUGCCUUCCUUUUGGAACAACAUUGUCUUUAGCCAUAAGGUUUCCGGUCCUCUUAUUCCGGUUUUGAGAUUAGUUGAUGGCGAGAGAAAGCCUCCCAUGGGAUACAUUUAUGCGGCUAUGGAUAGGGCUAAAGAAGCCAUUGCAAAAUCAUUUGGGGGAGUAGAAGAUAAAUACUCAGAUAUUUUUGAAAUAAUUGAUAAGAGGUGGAAUGUUCAACUUCAUCGCCCUUUGCAUGCAGCAGGUUAUUAUUUGAACCCAGAAUACUUUUAUUCAAAUUCGAAAAUUGAAGAAGAUGAAGAGAUUGCAAAGGGUUUGUAUGCAUGCAUUGCAAGGUUAGUCCCGGAUGUCAAAGACCAAGACAAAAUUACUGAGGAGCUGUCCUUAUAUUCUAAAGCUGAGGGCCUCUUUGGUAAUCCCUUUGCUAUUAGACAGAGAAGUACACGAGGACCAGCUAAUUGGUGGGAAGCUUAUGGCAAGUCAACAAAACUUCUCCAAAAGUUUGCUAUAAAGGUUUUAAGCCUUACUUGCAGCUCUUCUGGUUGUGAACGAAAUUGGAGCGUGUUUGAGCAUCUUCAUAACAAGAAAAGAAAUAGGCUCGCUCAAACAACGUUGAAUGAUUUAGUGUUCAUCAAAUAUAAUAGAGCAUUGAGGCGUCGAUAUAAUAUGCGUGACACUCUUGAUCCCAUUUUACUCGAUGACAUUGAUGAGAGCAACGAGUGGUUGACAGGGAGGAUGGAUGAUGCUGAUGCAGAACAUGAUCUAGUCUAUGAAGAUGAUUCCUUGAGAUGGGGUGAUGUUGCUAAUUUUGCUGGUAUUGGAGAGGCAAGCAGGCCGCAACGGUCUACUAGAUCAAAAUCUAGUUCUAGUUCACGGUUACCAACAAAGGGAGCAGGAAGUUCUUCAGUUCGACUUGUGGAUGAGGAUGAGGAUGAUUCAGAUGAGAUAGAAGAGGAUCCUGAGAAUUAUGAAUCAUUUAGUGACGAUCAAAAUGAUGUUAUGCUUAUUGAUGACGAGGAUGAUAUUUAGAUUCAUUGGUGUUGUCUUCUUAGGAAGAAUGAUGUUUAUGUUUGUUUUAGUUUUAUC